CAAGAAAACGUCCUUGUUUCCAAUCAGUGGAUAUGUUUAGUAGUAUUGAAGAAUUAUUCAGCUAACUAUGAACAACACUGAUCAAUAUUUGUGAUAAAUGAACACAUGUUGACGUUUAUGUUUACUUAUAUAUGCAAAUAUAGGUCACGUACUGUACAUUCGGGAGUAAACGGCGGGAAAAACACAUGUGCUUGCAUACACGUGUGUUCAACUGGACAAUAACAAACCAUUUUGGCCCGUGUCAACAGUCCACAGUGUUUCGAUUUUUCUAGCGAUGUGUGGGCGGACUGCCUGCACCUUGGCCCCAGAUGAUGUGUGUCAAGCCUGCAACUACCAUGACAGGAAAGGUGAAGCACAGAAACCAAUGUGGAGAGACCCUCCUGGGGGCCAACAGUACUAUCCCUCCUACAACGUGUCUCCAGGCUCGCAUACGCCUGUCUUGCUGUCCAGUAAACACUACUUUGGGGAGCUAGAGGGUUUGUCAGACCGUGUCAUUCAGCCUAUGAUGUGGGGACUGGUUCCUUCCUGGCACAAAGGUGACCCCAAGAAGGUCAGCUAUGAGACCAACAACUGCCGGGCAGAAGGGAUGCUGGAGAAACGGACCUAUAAGGUGCCACUCGAAAAGGGCAGACGAUGUGUGGUGUUAGCAGAUGGUUUCUUUGAGUGGAAAAGGGACAAAGAUAAAAAGCAACCAUAUUUCAUAUAUUUUCCAAAAUCAUCAUCAUGUACAGCAAGUGAUGCUAAUGGUGGCAUUAAAAAGGAGGUGAAAAUGGAAGAUUCCGAUUGGCCAGAUAUUAAAGAGGAGUCAACAGAUGAAAGAACAGAGUAUUUGUCCAGAGAAUGUGGAGAUCUGGAUAAGGUGGUAGAUAACAAGACUUCUCAGGACAAAGAAGAUUUUAGACAGAAGUCUGAACUAAAAACAGAAAUCAAAAUGGAGCCUAGUAGUGACUUUCCUCAGAAUGUGAAGUUGGAAUCAGAUUCAUUUUCAGACAUUCCUGAUCAUUGUGAUAGAGAUGAUCUAGAUAAAAAAUGCCAGAACUUUGUUAACAAGGAGGGAAAUGAUGGCACAGGUGAAGCUGUCUUGAGCAACAAACGUCUGCUAACCAUGGCAGGUGUCUUUGACAUUUGGUCACCUCCUGAUGGGGCGCCACCUCUAUACACAUACAGUGUUAUAACAGUUGCCUCCUCUGCUGCUAUGGACUGGCUCCACCACAGAAUGCCGGCCAUCCUUACAUCAGAAGAAGAGGUCAAUGAUUGGCUGGACUUUGGAGAUGUACCUCUGCUAAAGGCGGUGAAGAACAUCCGGCCUGUGGAGUGUAUCCAGCUACACCCUGUGUCCAAUGUUGUUAACAACUCUCGUAAUAAAACACCCGACUGUGUAGAACCUGUUGACCUCAGAAGACCAAAACAAUCUGCCAGUAGUAAUCUUAUGAUGAGCUGGCUGUCCAAACCCAAAAAGGAAGGCGUAUCUCCAGCGAAAUUGUCUGAAAGUCCACCAAAGAAAAAGAAAAAGACAGAAAGUAAUGUGAUGAUGGGCUGGCUAAACAAGGCCAAGAAAUCAUAAAGUGUUCAUUCUGGACUGACUAAACAAGGCCUAGAAAUCAUGAAGUGUUCAUUCUGGACUGGCUAAACAAGGCCUAGAAAUGGUAAAGUGUUCAUUCUGGACUGACUAAACAAGGCCUAGAAAUGGUAAAGUGUUCAUUCUGGACUGGCUAAACAAGGCCUAGAAAUCAUGAAGUGUUCAUUCUGGAAUGGCUUAUUAUAAACAAGGCCAAGAAAUCGUAAAGUGUUCAUUCUGGAAUGGCUAUUAUAAACAAGGCCUGGAAAUCAUGAAGUGUUCAUUCUGGAAUGGCUUAUUAUAAACAAGGCCUAGAAAUCAUGAAGUGUUCAUUCUGGAAUGGCUAUUAUAAACAAGGCCUGGAAAUCAUGAAGUGUUCAUUCUGGAAUGGCUUAUUAUAAACAAGACCAAGAAAUCGUAAAGUGUUCAUUCUGGACUGACUAAACAAGGCCUAGAAAUGGUAAAGUGAACAUUCUGGAAUGCCUUAUUAUAAACAAGACCAAGAAAUCGUAAAGUGUUCAUUCUGGACUGACUAAACAAGGCCUAGAAAUGGUAAAGUGAACAUUCUAGAAUGCCUUAUUAUAAACAAGACCAAGAAAUUGUAAAGUGUGUGCAUUCAAGGGUGGCUAAACAAGGUUAAGGAACUAAAGGAAACCAGUCCACAUGCCGGAGAACUUCUUGGGGAUGACUACUGUAAGAAUUUCUUUAACAGAAUUUCUCAUGUCAUGUCUGAUUUUGCGAUUCUUUAUGAGAAUGUUGAAAACAUGUAUCAUUUGAAACAAAACAACAUUUUGGUGAUAUCAUUUAGUCGUAGAAAGUUCUUUUAAUUGAUUGAAGUUAAAGUGUCUGGACUUAAAGCUCACCUUAACCAAAUGACUGAUGAGCUCAUGCCAUGGCACGGUGUCCAUAGUCUGUCCAUCAACUUUUCCUUCAGAUGGCUACUAGUCAAAAAAGACCAAAUGGUCAGAAGCAUCCUUUGGCAUCCUUUGGCAUCCUAUUCAUACAGGACGGGCUACAUAAUCAUGAUAUUAUGUAGUUAUGUUUUUGAUACGAAAAUAUCUCCAUCCCAUGUGUUCACACCGCCUCCAUCCCUGUGUUCACCCCUUCCAUCCCUAUGUGUUCAAGUCAGCUGGUUAAUGUAUGUACUUGGAUGGUUUUUGUGUAAAAAGAUACUUCCAUCCCUCGCUUUCAACGAAACGGAGGAUAUUGACUUGUCUGUCAGUCACACUUCGGUUUCUGUGCAAUAACAAAAACAGAUAUUGUCGGAUUUUCUUGAAACUUGGUAGCAACAUUAAAUGCCUAAAUGGCUCAGCCAAGCUUGAUCAUAAAAUUUUCCUGGAUGUUAUUUGGCAGAGUUAUGGCCCUUUGAUUAACGAAAAAUGUAAUGUUUGGAUGUUUCCAUGCAAUUAUGGCAACAAAUAUUAUCAGAUUUUCUUGAAACUUGAAAACAACAUCAAAUGCCUGAAUGGCUCAGCCAAGUUCGAACAACACUUUUUGCAGACAUUAAUUGGCUGAGUUAUGGUCCCUUGAUUAAUGAAAAAUUUAAUUUUUGGAUGUUUCCAUGCAAUAAUAACAACAAAUUUUAUCAGAUUACCUCUUCAUGAAAGGUGGGAAAGCGGGGGAUAUAAAUUAUGAAUUAGCUUGUUUACCCAAAGAUAUGUGUGUUAUGUUAUAGCCAUUGAAUUAUUUAGUGAAGUUAAAAAUUGUACUGGAAUUUUAAAGUUAGAUUUAAAUGGAAUGAUUUAGAUAAGUUCAAAAUAUAAACAUUGAAUGAUUUGGUUAAAUACACAUUGUCAGAAAGAUAGGAAUAAAAGCUCAAGUGUCCUGAACUUCAAAAACAUAGUCAUGCUUUUAUAAAAUGUGAAUGAAGAGAGUAUUAGGAAUGAGAGGGAGAGUUACCAAGAUAAAUUGUGAAAUACUGAUGAUGUUGACAAAAUCAUUUUUUGUUUUGUUUGCUGUUUAUUAGCUACCCUCCUCAAGAGAGGGGGGGGGGCUUAUGUUUGUUGUCGCCCCUGGUGUCGGCAAUCAUUAAUAAAUGUUAAGUUUUUGGUUCAAGUUGAAAGGCAUCAAUCAGUAAAUCAUUUAUAAUUCUACAUGGGUUCUAAUAUUUGAUUUCAGGGUUGCUGUAUGGGGUUAACUAUUCCUUUUGGGAUCUAAAUGAAUCAUUUCGGGGGAAAAAGUCUGUUUUUUUUUAAACACUUCAGACUUAGACUUUUUAGGUCAAAUUUGAUGUUAAGAUUUUGGUGCAAGUGUUGAAAGGCAUAAUGCAGUUAACUCCUCUAUAAGUGUACUAGGGUGCUAAUUUAUACAUGUCAAUUUUACCUUUAAAUAUUGCAAUAUUUUCUGGUUGAAUAUAUCUAUAUAUUGCAAUAUAGAUUCCAUUUGAUGAACUCGCCCCCUAAUGAUGGUGUGAGGUAUAGUGAUAUACAGUGUUGCUUUGUAACAAUGUUAGUGCUCUUGUUAACACUUACAAUAUAUGUUAUUUACUUUUAUAAAUAAAAAUUACAAUUCAAAA